ACCUCUCCUCAGACAGCUCUGAGCCCUGAGCUGACAGACUCUCCCACCUUUCCUUGGAGUGAAAAAAAAGGAUCUCGGCUUUAUAGAAACUUGAGUUAUCUUUGCUCCUCCAGUCUGGGGAAGAGACUGGGUGGAGGCAGAGUGGAGAGGGAGGAGUGCGGGGAGGAUACGGCCGGGAAAGGCCAUAUGUGAAUGCAACCACGGAAGUCACAGCUGAGCGGUUUCACUUUCUUUUUUCUCCUCUUUGAAGGACCUGGAAAGAGUUCUCUCUGAACAUCCGAGAGGCUCAGAGGUGGUACAAUCCUUGGUUCAGGGCACCUUCAGAGCUGUGUAGGGGAUGGCAGGAGGGGACAAUGGAUCCAGUAGCAGGGCAAGCUCAGGGUACCUGAGCGAAGAGGAGUCACCGGACUAUGGGCUCAUCUUCAAGUACUUUAAAGAAAAUAAGGUGGAAAUCGCGAGUGCCAUCACAAAGCCCUUUCCUUUCCUUAUGAGCCUUCGAGACCGUGGCUACAUCUCUGAGAGGAAGUUCCUGAAUUAUCGGCAAAGUUGUGAAAACCAGAUCCCACCGGAAAUAGUGUAUGACAUCCUCAGUGACCUACAGAACAAGUUUAGCCUGCGGCUUAUGAAAGUGUUAUUCAGCCCGACGCAUCUGAAGGCCUACCCAGAUUUAAAGGAGACUCUAAGAAACUUCCCAGAUGUGUCCAACAACCACAGGACUCCUCAGAGGAUGAGUGGAAGAGAUGCUGAUGAGAGGCCCAGACUGCCAGCACUUGUCGCAGAAGCAUCCUGUAGUCCUGGAAGUUCCCAAAUGAAUGAUGAACAGAAAGGGGAGGUACCUAGAUUCCUACAAUGCAUCGGAGAGGGAAGUAAUUCUUGUGAACAAAUGUUUGAUGGACAAGAGCCCCAGGAUGACAGACCCUCAUCAGCACCAAGACCUGAAGCAGGAGCAGAGCGAUCCACAAGUGAAAAUGAGAUGUGUUCCUGUGUCAUGUGUCCCUCAGCAAAGGACCCAGAAGCAAGCAUGGGAAACAGCCAAUCAGGAAAAAAGAAAGGUCACAACUUGUCAAGAGUAAAACAGAGAAGGCCACAAACUGUACGGCCAAAAAAUGGCACCAGAGUUGGCCACCAGGCUGUCAGGAGAAAGAAAACGGAAAAGAAUCCAGGCCGUUCUGCCAAGACCAGGGUUCCGAAAAGGUGCAGAAAUAAAAAUUCACGUUUCAGUGCUGAGCUGCUUCCUGUGACAUGUGGUAAGGUGAAGGGAACACUACACAAGGAUAAAUUCAAGCAAGGGAUCUUCGUGAAGUCCAUACAGAGUGAAGCUGGGGACUGGUACACACCCAUUGGGUUUGAAAACUUGGGAGGCCUUGGACGAUCAAAGAACUGGAAAUUGAGUGUGCACUGCUACAAAUGGCCCCUGAAAUUCUUGAUCCAGAAAAAAUUUCUCCCCAAUUCUCCACGAACUUAUGGCAAGAGAAAAAAGAGAACACAGGAUUUGUCCAGUGCCUCAGCUAAUGCUCCUGCUUCCAGAAGAGGAUUUGGACCAGAUUAAAGGUGUAUCUUCCUGCCUCAAAGUCUGGAUUAAAGGUGUGUGUCAUUCCACCUCAAGAUCUGGAUUUAAGGCAUUCUGUCUUCCUGCCACAAUAUCCGGAUCAAUCAGAGAUGUGCCUUCAUUUCUGGAUUGUUGUUCAUUCCUGAUACAGUCAACUUGACAACUGAGAAUAGCCACCACAACCCACCUCUUGUCAAUCAUAUCUCCUUAUGCCAUGAUUAAUUUCCAAAUAAAAACAAGAACCAUGUCAUAAUAAUGCCUAAACAUAAUAGAACUAUGCCAUGUACACUCACAAGCACAUUAUAUGUUAACCAGUGUUGUUGUCGUCCGCUUGUUUGUUCCUGGCUGCUCAGCCCCAAAAUAACCACACAGAAACUAUUAAUUACAACACUGCUUGGCCUAUUAGCUUAUGCAUAUUUCUAGCUCACUUUUAUUCUUAAAUUAGCCCAUUUCUAUUAUUUUAUAUUUUACCAUGGGGCUUGUGGCCUACCAGCAAGGUUCCAGAUGGCAGCUCACGUCUUUCCCCUCUGGCAGCUCUGUAAUGCCUCUCUGACUCUGCCUUCUUUCUCCCAGCACUGUUUAGUUUUCCCUGCCUACUUCUCUUCUUUUCUCUUCUGUCCUGCUAUAAGCCCAAAGCAGUUAAUGAAAAAAAGCAAAACAUAGACAGAACUUCCCACAUCAUUUCCCCUUUUCUGUUUAAAUAAAAAAGAAGAUUUUAACUUUAACAGAGUAAAAUUGCAUAUAGCAAAACAGUUAUCAAGUAAGAAUUAUAGUUACAAUAUUUAUAUCUACUUUAUCUCUUAUCAUAACUAAGGGAAACUAUAAUCAUAACUAUUCUUCAACCCCGUCAAAGACUCCAGAAGGAUAGACUAUUGGCUAAGUGCACUUUAAGUAACUUAUAAAACUCUAGAAUUGACAGAGAUAUCUUACUGCCUGGAUAGUCACCCAAAGUUCUUCUGUACUGUUGGGGAAUUCAUCUUCAGCCUAUAUGACCAUAGUAUCCUGCAGACUUUUCCAUGAUGCAGGAAAUUUCAAAGACAGUUCCACCCAUAUUGGCAGUUUGACAGUCACUUUCUUCUGUGUCCUGCAGAAUGUCUGGCAGACUCUUUCAUGGAGCAGGAACCCUAAAGGACCAUCUAACCAUCUUUAGGCAACUUCAGCAGUCAUUUCUCUGUGGAUCCUGCAUGCCCAGUUCAUACAGCAUAACAUCAAGCAGUCCAGUCAAGAGCAGCUUCUUGCACAAAUGGCUAACAAACUCCAUAAGGAGCCCCUUUGAUGCCCAUCAUCCUCUUGAAGUAGAUUGGUGCUGCCAGGAGCAGAUGAGUCUCAUUGUCAUGAAAAGUCUUAAGUUAAUAAUUUAAACAUCUUAAAUGCCAUAUUCUGAAGGUCUCUGAAAGAUUUGAAGAAUACCUACCUAGCUGAAAUACAUCUCUAUAUAUCUAGAAAACCUAACAUGACUAUAAGCUUCUCUAUUAUAGAUGAUUAUCUAUUAACCUAUAUUUCUUAGUUAUGCAUUAAAUUUUCAAAUGAGCUGCACAAACACAAAACUUUAAUCAAGAACACACACACAUAUAUGUAUAAAACAAAAUUGAUCUUAAAUUUGUAUCAAUAUACAUCUCUAUUGCAAACCAGGUCAUACUUAUACCUAACAUGACAUAACUGUUCUUCAUACAACCACACACAAAUUUUAAAUUUAGAAUAGGUGGCAAUGUCCCUUAGGGGACAUCCUACUAGCAUCCUCUUAGUUGUUAUAACAUAUGAUAAGGAUAUUGAAAGAACAAGUACCUGCACAAACACAUUCUUAGCAAAAUACAACAGAAGCACUCAUGUUGGUUAUAAUUCUCAUUUCUGCAACUGAUCAUGUGGUCUGAGAUGGUCUUUAGAUCUGCAUUCCUCUACUACCUAUUCUGUAUUUCCUCUACCUGAGGAAAGCCUGUCAACAGAUCUUUGCUCUUUUACCAGAAAAAUGACCCAUACCUUCAUUCCUGAUGGGUCUGUGCCCUCUGUCAUCCUGCCUGGAUUAGGUUGUUGUAAUUUUCCAUUGACUUUAAUCACGGGGCAUGGUAGCACGAAGAGACACCCUAAAGGAUCUCCUGCACUCCGGACAUUUUCCUUCUUACUGCCACUGUGGAGAAGCAAUCCAAUCUUCCCAUGGUAAUCUGGAUCUAUCACUUCUCCUAACCGUGUUCUUUCUUUCUUAGCCUGUUGCUUUAAGGGCGAUAGAAGCCCAGAGUGGCCAGGGGGAAAUCUGAGAUCCAGUUCAAUGGAAUGUUUGCUGUGGCUUUUGGUAGGAGCACUUCCUUCUCUGGAACUAAAACUUCAAGGCCAGCAGAACUUAGGGAUGUGGGAAAAAGAAACAAAAGCUUUCCUAAUGGGUCACCAAAGAUGAUAGUGAGCAAAAUUAUUUCCUUUUCCACCCCUGUGGAACCUGGCUAUGAGAGAAACGGUACCAUAUAUUGGACACUGAUUCAAAACAUAUACUGCCUUCUGGAGACCCCUAUGCCAACCCUCCAUCCUGCUGCCACCUACUUUUCACUUAACUGUGACUUCAAAAGGCCAAUCUGUCUUUCAGAUCAGCUUCUUCAGGAUGGUGAAGAAGAUGGUAAGAUCCGUGGGUUCCAUGGUUGCGGGCCCACUGUCAUAUUUCUCCGGCUGUGAAGUGACUUCCCUGGUCAGAAGCAAUACUGUGUGGAACACCAAGUUAGUGGAUUAGGCAUUCUGUAAGCACAGAUGGUGGUUUUGGCAGAAGUAUUAACCAGAAUAAGUAUCAACUUCAGUAAAAAA